AGACUGCAUUAUGCAACGAUUCUAUCUCCUGCUGAUAUUGUGGAUAUAUGCAGCGGAAUCUCUUCCCUGCGUACCUCGAGAUUUCGGAAAUGGAGGAACAGUGUGCGUCUGCAACGCGACUUACUGCGACAGUACACGAGAGCUCGAAAUACCGGAAAAAGGUUCGUUCGUCCGAUACACCUCGAGCAAAGACGGCUUGAGAUUGGAUCCAACGAAGGGUGCUUUCACCAACGAAUCAGCAACCGCUGACGUUACUCUUCACCUGGAUCUUCACACAACUUUUCAAAGUAUUCAUGGAUUUGGAGGUGCUUUUACCGACGCGGCGGGCAUCAACAUAAAGUCAUUGAGAAAUGCUACGGCGGAAUAUAUACUGAGGUCAUACUUCAGCGAGGAAGGAAGUAGAUACAACUUGGGUCGUGUUCCCAUCGCUGGGUCUGACUUCUCCACACGAGAAUAUACUUACGAUGACUACAAGGGUGACACGCAACUUCAGAACUUUUCCCUGACUGAGGAUGAUCUGAAGUACAAAAUUCCAAUGAUGCAAGAGGCUCUUAGAAUGAAUCCGGACCUAAAAUUUUUAGCAGCUUCAUGGACUGCUCCGCCUUGGAUGAAGACGAAUAAUGCUUACACGGGUUUCGGAUUUCUCCGUGAAGAGUACUACCAGGUGUACGCUGAAUAUAUUGUGAAAUUUAUGGAUCUGUACAAAGGCUAUGGGCUCGAUAUGUGGGCGAUGUCGACAGGUAAUGAACCGUCUAACGGCAUCAUACCAGUGACCGGUUUCAACAGCAUGGGGUGGACACCUAGUGGCAUGGGAAAAUGGGUUGCGAACAACCUCGGCCCUACGAUUAGUAGAUCCAAGCACAAAGAUACUGUCAUUUUGGCUUACGACGACCAGACGUUUGGCCUGCCCUGGUACGUCUCUGACAUGUUUAGCAACAAGGUGGCAAAAAAUUAUACAGCUGGUAUUGCCUUUCAUUGGUACUGGGACAAUAUUGUACCGUCUUGGGUAAUCGACCGAACCCGUUAUCAUUUUCCUGAAAAGUUCUUGAUCAUGACCGAGGCCUCAGUUGGAGAUAAACCAUGGCAAUUCAAAAAAGUCGACUUAGGAGCAUGGAGUCGAGGGGAAAUGUACAUUACGGACAUCAUGGAAAAUCUACAGCAUUGGGUGACUGGUUGGGUGGACUGGAAUCUAGCUCUCGAUCAGCAAGGUGGUCCCAAUUGGAAGAGGAACUUUGUGGAUGCUGCGAUUAUCGUAAACGCUAAGAAUGACGAGUUUUAUAAGCAGCCAAUGUUCUACGCUUUAGCCCACUUCAGCAAAUUCAUUCCACGAAAAUCUGUCAGAGUGAAGCUUAGUCAGGAAGGAUCAUCUAUAAAUUCUGUCGCCUUCAAGACUCCGCAAAAUAGGAUUGUUAUAGUUCUGUACAAUCCACUUACCAAAAAGCAGCAUGCAGUUAUCCGUGACCAAGAAAGAGGAAACAUCGACCUGCAGCUACCACCGAAAUCGAUUCACACCAUUGUGUAUAAGUGAUCGCACACGGUAAUCGCUUGAUCACUUCUAAACAAUUGCUUAGAUGUUACUCACUUGAUUUGGGG